UAAUACAUUGUAAUCUUUGGUCCAAACCAAAAUAAAUACAAGUCUUUUUCACAAAUUAUUAAUUUCGCAAAAUUAAAUUUCAUUUAAUAGGUAGUAGGUACUUUUUUUUAAUAAACGUAAAUAUUUAGAGGACUCAUCUGACGAUGCUCUCUCAAGUAAAUACUAUUAAAACAGCUAUAGAAAUGUGUUUAAAGGUUAUAAAAACAUAUGAAUGGCUCUUGGAUCUCUAUGUUUUGGACUUCUUUGUAAACAAUCACUGGAAGAAGCUGCCAGCAUCAUGGCAACAAAGCUUAGAAAAUCUAGACCCAAAAGAUUUAGGAGACAUUCUAUCAGGAAACCCUACUAUACACUUACUGCCUCUGUCACUUCUGGCCCUUUUUAAGACUAUAACUAGCUUAAGUAUACCACGGGGAAACAUUGACUGCACAAAAACUAAUGUAGCUGAAGAGAAAUAUGGCUGUGGUCAUCCAAAACUAAAAAAUCUAUUUAUUAAACAUGUUAAGUUAAAAAAAAGACAUGAAAUGACCAAAAUGGCAGAGUUUGUCAGUAUGACGGCCAGGGAAAGUAAUUGUAGGGCUGUUCUAGACUUUGGUUCAGGUCUAGGUCACUUAAUAAGAAUAUUGUCAUACAAGUACAAUUUGCAUUCAGUGGGCAUUGAGAUGCAAACUCAGUUGACUGUGGAAGCUAGGAAACUUGACUUAGAACUGGAAUACACAGUAAAAAAAUACCUUACAGAAGAGCAAAUGUGUAAUCUUGUCCGUCCAACUCACUGCAACCUUACCCUGUCCUCCAUGGAUCAGUUACAGCACCUGACUUUACCUGUUAGUGUGAUAAACUAUGGGCUAGUUGGAUUACACCCUUGUGGAGACUUAGGCCCUCUAUUGAUUAAGCAUUUUGUUAAUUCUGAAAGGGUGAAAUUCAUUUGUGUAGUGGGUUGUUGCUACAUGAAAUUGUCAUGCAAUAGUGAUGAGUGUGGCUACCCCAUUAGCCAACAUGUGAGGGGCUUGGACAGUGCCCUGUCGUACAUCAGCAGAGAGAUAUCCUGCCAUGCAUUUGAUAUUUAUUGUGAUAGGCUGUGUAGAGGAGAGUAUAAGGAUUUGAAGGUGCAUGCCUUCAGAGCAGCUCUGGAAAAAUUGCUGGUGCAGAGAGACCCCACACUGAGGCACAUGCCCGUCAGAAGCGUGAAGCACUCCAAUAACAUGACCUUCCAUAGCUAUUGCGACGCCGCGCUCAAACAGAUAUGCGUGCAGCCGUUGGACUACGACUCCGUGUGUUGUGAGCUGCAGCAGUGGAAGAAGGUAGUGAUGUUGUACACGCUGCGGCUGGCGCUGGCGCCGCUGGUCGAGACCGUUGUACUGUUGGACCGACUGCUGUACUUACUGGAAAACAAUAUACCGUGCGCAAUUUAUCCAGUGUUCGAUCCCAGGAUAUCGCCGCGCAAUCAUAUCAUUGUGGGAAGAAAAUUGUGACAAUUAUAGAACUUUAUUUACAAUAAUGUUAGGUCGGCAAAUAAUUGUUUAAUUAAAAUAUUAAUUAAUCUCAAA